CAAUUUCAGGGAAGAACACUUGAGUGUAGUCUCAAAAUGCCUUUGAGCAAGAAUAAACUGAUUUUACUACUUGGAAUGAUCUGCAUGGUACAAGGUAAAUCUGCAACUCUUUCUCUCCCCAAAGCUCCCACCUGUGGGCAGAGUCUGGUGAAGGCACAGCCUUGGAGUUACUUUAACCUUCUCAGUUACAUUGUUGGGGGAAGCCAAGUGGAAAAGGGCUCUUACCCCUGGCAGGUGUCUCUGAAACAAAGAGAGAAACAUAUCUGUGGUGGGACCAUCAUCUCUCAACAGUGGGUGAUUACAGCUGCUCACUGCAUUGCAAACAGAAAUCCUGCAUCGGUUCUGAAUGUUACUGCUGGAGAACAUGACUUGAGCCGCACAGAGCUGGGGGAACAAGUCUUCACCACGGAAACCAUCAUCAUACACCCAUAUUUCUCCACCAAGAAGCAUGACUAUGAUAUCGCUCUUUUGAAGAUGGCUGCCACCUUCCAUUUCGGCCAGUCUGUGGGGCCCAUAUGUCUUCCAGAGCCUGGGGAACAAUUUGAAGCUGGGUUCAUUUGUACAACUGCAGGCUGGGGCCGCUUGGCUGAAGACGGCAUGCUCCCACAAGUCCUACAGCAAGUGAACCUACCCAUUUUGACCCAAGAGGAAUGUCUGGCAGUUCUGUUAACGCUGAAGAAGCCCAUCAGUGGGCAGACCUUUCUCUGCACAGGCUUCCCCGAUGGAGGGAGAGACACCUGUCACGGAGAUUCGGGAGGUUCUCUCAUGUGCCGGAAUAAGAAAGGGGCUUGGACUCUGGCCGGUGUGACCUCCUGGGGUUUGGGCUGUGGUAGAGGCUGGAGAAACAAUGUGCAGAAAGAUGAUCAAGGAUCCCCUGGGAUAUUCUCAAAUCUUAGUAAAAUGCUUCCUUGGAUCCACGAACAUAUCCAAACUGGUAAUGAAGCCAGCACCUCCAGAGCCUCAUGCAGUGAGCAGGAUGGUGGAAUUGGCGGGACUGAGGGGGAGCUGUGCUUCCCAGAAAGCCCCUACGCCUCUUAUAAGAGCCAGCAACUGUGUGUCUGGACCCUGCUGGUGCCAGAGAAAAUGCACCUGUUACUCAGCCUUUCCCACUUGGAAGCAGAGUCCUUUCACCACAGUUACCUGGCGAUGUACUCUUCAGAAGACAGGCUCAUUGGGAAGUUCUGUGGAGAAAGCGUCACUUCAUCAGUUCUUAUCAGCUCCAGCUCUGUCAGGCUGCAGUUUGUCUCUGAUGCCACAGAUUAUGCAGCCGGGUUUAAUAUUACCUACAAAGCUCUUAAACCAAACUACCUUCCUGAUGCAGGCUGCAGGUCAUUAACUGUCCUUUUUGAAGAAGGCCUCAUACAGAGUCUGCACUAUCCUGAAAACUACAGCGACCUGGCUGCCUGCAGCUGGGUUUUUCAAGCCCCCAGACGUUACCUGAUUAAGCUUUCCUUUCAGAAUCUGGAAAUAGAAGAAAGUGGAGACUGCACUUCUGACUAUGUGACAGUGCACAGGGAUGUGGAAAGAAAGAAGGAAGUAGCUCGGCUGUGUGGCUUUGCUGCCCCUGUGCCUGUGCUGAGCUCCUCUGGUGUGAUGUUCAUCAGCUUCCAGUCGGACGAAAAUGUGACCUUCAGAGGCUUUCAGGCUUCAGUCUCCUUUAUUCCUGAGACAGGUAAGAAGAUAGAGGCACCAAGUCCUCGGGUCCCAAUUCUCAUCCUCAUAACAUGGUAAUAAAGGGCAGCCUGUAAGCCCACAAAGUUGCUUCUCAUUAUUUGAUGUCACUGUUCUAGAGAGUUGUCCACAAACACUCAGUGAAUGCUGAGCCACUACUCCCAGGGCAAAUACAGGGUUGGGUCCUCGGAGCCUCUGGUUUUAUGUGUGUCUCUGUUUAAUGUCACAUUGUUUAAUAUGUAUUGUUGAUUCAUAACAUUAAACUCACAGUCAGUACCACUGUAACUCCUGCCUGAACAAAGCUUCCCUUAUCACACAUAUUUUCUCCGAAAGUCACAACACAGCCUCCUUGCACUUAGUUACACUAGAUGGCACUUCAGUGGUUUAGGAAAAUCACCAACCAAAAAGCAUAACACCAAAAAAAAGAGAGGCACAAAACAGACCACGGAAGACAAAAGAGCAGUGUGCCUCAUUAGGCUGUAGCCAGGAACACGUGCAUCAGGAGACUCAAAAUUUUCAUGAAAAGCACCAUGAGGAUUGGUUUUGAGUUACAAAUAAAUGUCAGUGUGUAGGUGAAUUCAAAAAUAUGGAAUCCACAAAGAAUGAGGAUCAGCUCUAUGUCUGCAUCUUGGCCUGCCCUUACUAGAUGUGAGAUCUAAGAGUCGUCUAAGACUCAUUUUCUUCGCCCUUACAAUGGGAGGUUAAUUCACGCCUUGUAAGAAUGGAGUGAGGAUUAAAUGGGUAUGAUACGCUUGGUCACAAGUGAGUAUGUGACUCAUAACAGAAGCUCAGAAAUGUGAAAUAUCUUCACCAAUCCCCAGUUCCUAGACACUUGAACUGCACAGCUUCCUUUCAAGCCCUGACACUCACUCACCACCCUCCGUCCAAAUCCCAUAAAGCUUGUUAGGGGUUUUUCAGAUUGUUCAUUCUUGUUAGGUGGAAAGCAGCUGCUUCUAGCAAAGACAGGUUAUAUAGUUAAAGUACUUCACUUUUCAGUUAAAACAUCCAUAGCCCAGCUGACUGAGAUACCCCAGAAUCCUAAUAAUAAUAAUUUCUGGUAAGACCAAAACACUGGCCUUGUGUGGUCUGAACAACUGUAUUGUGCUGACACCCAGAUGUAAACAUCUCCGGAUCAGAGGA